CCUUUGCCAAUACAGAAUGAGUUUCUACAGUGACAGGGUGUUCCCGCCAACAUUCCUAUCAAAAUCUGUCAAGCUUGACUCAAUCGUAAAACAGACUGGAAACUCAAGAAGGUCUAACAACAGCACUGCUGGCAGAACUGUAGAUAAAGGGCGUUUACCACCUCUACCUCAAAGAACAAGAGCUACAUCUGUUUUUCCAACUGCAAGGUUUGAUGAUGAUUAUAAAAGUAAAGACGCGACAAUUACGGAUUCCAGAAUAAAUCCUUCCUCAUAUUCCUAUCUUCGUCAAAGGAGUCACAGUAUGGAAAGGGCAAUGAAAGAGACAACUCCACAGCUUGGGUCCAAGUCAGCAUAUUCCGGUGGAAACAAGCAGCUUCAGUUCCCCAAAACAAACUUGAGUAAUACAAGGAAUUUGACCAUCUUGAUUCGGCCACGUGGCGGGGCUUGCAGUGAGACUGUGCUUCCUAUAGAAGUGGUCGCAAUUGCUGGUAGAGCCAGAUCUCCAAACAGGAGAGAGGAGACUGAAAUGAAACGGUUUGAAUAUUUGUACUCUAGUCCUCCCUUGGACCAGGAGAUAUACCAUUCAGAUAAAUCAUUCUCAAAUACAUUUCUCAGGAAUAACAAAAGACUUGAUGAGAUGAUAAAACGGGUUGAGAAGUACUAAUUAUAAACAAAACAUAUUUCAUCA